AUGUCUUCCUUAAAUAAUAAUAACUCUUCGUUUACAAGACGAAAACCAGUACCUGUAGUCCAAGAACGAGACCAUGAAGAUCCUUCGUUCUCUUUGCAACCCUCGCCGUCCAUUUCGAAAACUAAUAAACCAACUGAACCAAAUUUCUUAAACCAAGCUCCAAGAGCUCCUGCAAAAUCACCAUUAAGGCAUAGUGGUUCAAGCGGCUCAGUUAAUGGAAAUCAAAAUGCCCCUGCUACACCUAUAAGUGGUUCUGCGCAAACUACUAUUGUUCAACCCGUUAAGAGUACAAUGACGAUAACAAGUACAUCUUCUGUACAAAUUCAGAGUGCAUCUAAUUCUACAAUUUCAUCAAAAACUCCCACAAUACGCUCACGUCCCUCUGUAGAUACUACUUCAUUACAUUCUUCAUUUUCUUUGGAACGCGAAUUACCUUCUUUACCAAACGAGCGGAUUAAUAAAGAAUACGAAGGUUCUAUUAAAUCACUUCAAACGAAUAAUUCAAAGAAACAUGGUUCAGAUCAAAGUUUUCAGACCGCAAACUCCCCUACCUCAAUAGGAUUUCCUGCAUCUUCAGACAUAAGUAAAAGUAAUACUUCUCCACCUCGAUCUCCAAAAAUUAAAUUGCCGUCAUUAGUUAUUGCCAGUGAUCUGAUCGCUUCUUCUGAAGCUAUACUUUCGUUGAAUACUCCGAAAUUUCCAGGAAGUUCUUUCUUGGACACGGCUGAUGAAAUGUUGAUGCAAAUUUUGAUUUCUCAAGCUGUUAUUGAUUCAAAAAGUUUCGAGAUAUUGAGUUUAGAAGAAGAUCAUUCAUUAUUAACAACUCGCAUCGCAGCAUUAACUUCAAAGCUUUCGUUGGAAUCAAAAAUCCGGGAAGCGGCUAGUUCACUUGCAAGACUUCAUGCAUCAAAUAAAAGGUUGUCAAGACAAGCGACAGAUCAUCUAGCUACGGCAAAUCGUAAAGUAGAUCAAGUUGCGACAGAAUUAUGGAAAUUAACACAACGAGCUGGUGAAGUUCAAAGAAAAUUGUUACAACAUAUGGCUGGGGUACUUAGCAUUGGAAUACGAAAAUUGGAGGAAAAAAGCUCACAACCUCCUUUUUCACCACAAAAUUUACAACAAUCGGUGGAUGAUAGUAACGGAAUUGAUAGUUUAUUUAAUGAAAUCAUGGGAAUUAAUAAUAAUGAUAAUGAUACAAGUAACGUACAGGAUGCUGGUUUGUUGAAAAAGAUUUCAACUUUGGAGGAGUCAUUGCAUAAUGUUCGUCAAACACUAGUAGAAGCAAGAAUGGCUAUAAAACGAAAGGAUAAAGAUAUUGAAGAACUUAAAGCCAAAGUUGAUGAUACAGCAGCAGAAUCUCGUGAAAGGAUGAUAGCUGAAUUAAGAACUGAGCUUGAAGAAGUUGGAAGUCGGUUAGACAUUGUAUUAAGAAAACACAAGGCAAAUAAUCGAAAGAAUAAUAAUGGUUUUAGAUCUGAAGAAGACUCCGAUGAAUCGGAUUCAGGAGCUUCCAAUUUCUAUCGAUUAUCUACAAUGACCACAGCAACUCAACAUCUUCAAAAAGAACAAUACAAAAAUAUCGUAGAGAAUUUGACUGCAUUGGAAAAGGCGUUGGAAGAUAGUCUUUUUAAAAUUUAUAAAAUGGAACAAGAAAUUAGUUCGGUAAAGAAUAAUUCAGAAGAAGAAAUCAAUGAGUUGAAGGAGCAGGUUAAAUUGGUUCAAGAUUUAGAACAACAAAUCAAAGAUAUGGAACAAAGGCAAGGUGAAAAAGGAAUUGAUGAAAAUAAUUUUAAUGUAAAUUUGGAAUUGAAGCUUAAACAAACGACGAGACAAUAUGAAGAAAUGAUGGAUCACUUGAAACAAUUAUUUAAUAUCUUACCUGAUGUUGACUCUGAGGAUGAUCCUAAUCAGGGUGAAUAUGAUAAUUUGAAUAACAAUAAAUUCGGGGUGGACGAAUUUAUUAAUAGAGUACGAGCUGUCGGAGAAGAAAAUCGAAGGUUACAUGAUCAAGCAUCAUUGCUUCAAUCACGUUUGGAACGAAUACAUGGACAAAUGAUUGAGUUGAGAGAACAAGAAAAUAUUACGCAAGAAUUGGAGGAUACACGACAAGAACUUGAGGAAACCAAAGAAAAGUUAUCAUUCCUUGAAGGCAAAGCACAAUCCGCCAAAUCUCAAGUUCAAUCAACUAAUGAAAGAGAAAAUGAAUUGCGUAAUGAACUGGAGACAUUACGUGAACAAUUAAGGACGAAUAAAGAGAAAAUACGUAAAUUUGAAGCGAUUAUGAAAAGGCAAUCCGUGUUACAGGUUGUUAAUGAUGGGACUACUAUCAAAGAAGAAUUUCAACAACAACUAGCCGCUCAAGAACAAGAAUACGAAGCUCAAUUGAAAGAGAGAGAUGUGGUCAUUACAAAGCUUCGUAAUGAUUUAACAAAUACCGUAUCAGAGAAGGAUAUGGUGUCACAAACUGUUAAAGAUUUAGAGGAAAUGUUGAAAUCUAAGUCAAGAACUUUGGAUCAAAGGGAAGUUACAAUAAAUCGAUUGGAGAGCGAUAUUGUGAAAUAUAAGUCAGAACUUGCAGAAUUGAAAGCUGUAACUGACGACGGAAGUUCAGGUGGAAGUAAUCCAAAUAGUCUUAAAGCAGAACUUGAAGCAGCACAUGAAGAAUUAAGACAUUUACGGAAUGUCAAAGAGAAGCUUGAGGCACAAUUAAAACAGACAAAGAAUACUUUAGAAAAAGCACAAGUAGCAUUUUCAGAAAGAGAGGAAGCGUUAGAAAAACGUUCAGAAAUAAUGCAAGCAGAAUUGGAUGGGAUAUUGAAAGAAUUUGAUCGAUUGACAAGAAAUUUCCUCGAUUUUGAUGGUGAAAGGCAAAAAUUGGAGAAUUCUCUUGAUAAAUUACAAAAGAAAUGUGAGAAUUUAGAGAAUGAAUUGGCAGAUGAAAAAAUCAAAAAUCUGGGUAUGGAUGCCAUUAAUGAACCCACUACGACCUCUACAUUAAGAAAAGAAUUUAGAAAAAUGAUGGCCGAAUCCAAAGAUGAACAACAAAAAGCAUUACAUCGCGAAAUGGAAGAAAAGAAAAAGUUGGAAAGUGCUGUUAGAAAUUUGAAAAGAGAGAGGGAGGCCGAAAAAUGGGAAAGAACAAAUAAGGGUACACAAACCAGAUUUGUUAUUAGCGUGUAA